AUGACCGUCUCCUUCGCUGCAAGAGGUCUACGAGCAGCCACUCGAGGAUGGUCGACUGCCACCUUGGCACCACGCACUGCUGCCACAGCUGCGGCUGCAUCCCGCUCGCUCAUCAUCCCUUCGCGCCCCGUACUGGCUGCUGAUCAAAGCUCUUCCUCGGCCCAAACCCCUGAAGAAACCGACGCUAAACAGCCCAAGCAGAGCCUACUCAAGUCGCUCAUCCAUGGCUCGGACAAGGCCAAAGCCGAAGGCGUCACCACACAGUCCCAUUCCAUGCAAGUCGCUCGCGGCAAAUACAUCCACGAGAUCCAACGCCAGUCCGUAUCCCCCGCACACGUCGCCGAGUACCGCGCACUCAUCGCCGAAUACUUCCCCAAGCUUGCCUCGAACAACAUUCCUGUGCGUUUGACGGGAAGCUGGGAAGUCGUCGUCGGCGAUCUCGAGACCUUCUACCACAUCUGGGAGUACGACGGAUACGCGGGUUACGACCAGGCCGUGGCCACUCUUCAAUCCGAUCCUGAUUUCCAGCAAUUCACCCGUCGCCUCGAACCGCUGCUCUCCAAUCGCUCCAACUGGCUCACCCAGGAGUUUUCCUUCUGGCCUUCGUCCCCGCCACGCACCACCAACGGCAUCUACGAGUUGAGGACCUACCAUUUGAAGCCGGGACACUUGCUCGAGUGGGAACAGCACUGGCGACGCGGCCUCGAAGCUAGACGCAAGUUUGUCGAACCUAUCGGCGCCUGGUUUACCCAGAUCGGCGGCCUGCAUACCGUAUUCCACAUCUGGGAAUACCCUUCGUUGGAGGAGAGGAAGAAGACUAGGGAUAUGGCGUGGCAGGUCGAGACGUGGAACGACACGGUCAGCCAGACGGUCAAGUUGAUCGACAAGAUGCAUGCUCAGAUCAUGAGGCCCUUGCCUUUCAGCCCUCUCAAGUAG